AUUUAUAGAGAGAGAAAAAAAGAAAGUUCAGUCAAGGCAGGAAAUCAGGGAAAUCCUUUUCAAUGGCGAUUUUGGUCGGUUAACUUGAAUCUUCGCUAGGUAGGGUUAAGGGACGUUCAUCAUCUUCCUCUCACCUCUUUCGUUUUUUUCAUAUCUUUCUUCAAGCAAAAUCACACCAAACAUGAUGGAAUCAUCUGCCCCUGCUUGUCUCGAUGAAUUUGAGAAACUCAUUCAAAGGAUGAGCACUCCAAGAGUAAUGAUCGACAAUGCUGGUUGCUCCGACGCUACAAGCGUAAUGAUUGAUUGCGCUCGUAAGGAUGGAAUUCUUCUGGAAGCAGUUCAAGUUCUUACAGAUCUGAAUCUUUCAAUAAAGAAGGCUUACAUAUCCUCCGAUGGAAGAUGGUUCAUGGAUGUUUUUCACGUGACAGAUUUGGACGGUAACAAAUUAACCGACGAGAGCGUCAUCAACUACAUGGAACACUCCCUGGGAGCAAUUCAUUAUGCAAGAUCAAAAAGCUUUGAAGGUCUAACAGCUCUAGAGCUAACAGGAACGGAUAGAUUAGGUCUUUUAUCGGAAGUGUUUGCAGUUCUCUCCGAUUUGAACUGUAAUGUAGUCGAAUCCAAAGUUUGGACACACAACGGUAGAAUCGCGUCAAUAAUCUAUCUUAAGGAUUGCGAUUCCGGUUUCCCAAUUGAAGAUUCUCAGAAGAUAAACAAGAUCGAAGCUCGAUUGAGAAACGUUUUGAAAGGGGAUAACGAUAUUCGUAGCGCAAAAACAUCUAUCUCUAUAGCCGAUACCCAUACCGAAAGAAGGCUUCAUCAGAUGAUGUUUUCAGAUCGUGAUUACGAAAGAGAACCCAUCAUGAAAGUUAAUUCAAAUCCUCCUAUCGUCAACGUCGAGAAUUGUCUUGAAAAGGGUUACUCUGUUGUCCAUAUUGAAUGUAAAGAUCGAACGAAGCUUCUGUUUGACGUGGUUUGCACGCUUACAGAUAUGCAAUAUGUUGUCUAUCAUGGAACUAUCAACACAGACGACGGCAUAGCUUUCAUGGAGUUGUUUAUUAAGCAUGUAGAUGGAAACCCGAUAAAUUCAGAAGCAGAGAAACAGAGGGUCGUUCUUUGCAUAAAGGCUGCGAUUGAAAGAAGAGGAUCUGAAGGAGUGAGAUUAGAGCUGUGUAAGAAAGACAAGAAAGGGCUAUUAGCCGAUGUUACAAGAACAUUCCGUGAAAACGGGUUAAACGUAACUAGGGCAGAGGUAUCAACAACGAUGGACAUAGCUUUGAAUAUCUUCUAUGUUACGGAUGCAAAUGGAAACCAGGCAUGCGAAAAGUUAAUAGAAUCAGUAAGAGAGAAGAUUGGUUUAAGUGACUUGAAAGUGAAGGAAUUGCCAUUACUGUAUCAGAAACAGAACAAGGGUAAAAGUGACGACACAGUUACGGCAGGGGGAAUGUUAUUAUCACUUGGAUCCAUUGUUAGGAAGAAUCUAUACCAUCUCGGCUUGAUCAGAUCAUAUUUUUUGAAUUAAAUUGAAUGGAUGGGGGUUGCUUUUGUAAAUAUGAUGUUAGAGAGAGAGAUUAGUUAGGUGAUAGUAGUUGUGAUGAGUAGAGAUUGGUGGUGGUCCAUGUAGUAGUACGAUAAUGGUGGGAUUAGAUAGAGAAAUGGGGUCCUCUUUCAUUAAACGCUUGGAAUUCAAGAAAAGUAAAAUGAAAUCUAGAUGAAGAAGAUGAUGAUGAUAACGUGGCAGAAGAUUAUUAGGUAAUAUUGAAUCAGUCUUGUACAUCUGUUCUGUUGGUAAAUAUAUUGAUUUUAUGAAGAACCCGUUUUAUGGUU